CAUGGUGACAUCUUCCCAGCAUCAACAACCUGCCAGGGAGGACCUUCAGCCACGAUUGGCUGAUAAAAUUCACUCCGCCCUCCAGGUCUGCGAAAGAGGAAGUGAAAAUAAGGCGGAAUUAAAAUUGCGUGCAAUUUCGUGAUAUAAAUCGCUGGACCAGGGCACGUAUUCACGCAGGACAGGAGUCAUGUCUGUUACGAGUCCCAGGCAAACGGUUUUAAAUCCGGCAAUUCCCUAUGCUGGGACAAUACUGGGGGGACUUCAUCCUGGUGAUAUGGUACUUAUCCAAGGAGCAGUUCUCAGUGAUGCUGACAGGUUUCAGGUGGAUUUUAUGUGUGGGAGCAGCACCAAGCCCCGUGCUGACGUGGCCUUCCAUUUCAACCCCCGGUUCAAGCGCUCCCCCUGCGUGGUGUGUAACUCGCUGCAGCAGGAGCGCUGGGGCAAGGAGGAGAUCCUCUACGACUUGCCCCUCCAGAAAGGGGAGAACUUCGAGACCAUCAUUCUGGUGGAGGGAGACAUGUUCAAGGUGGCCUUGAACGGGAAGCACCUGCUGCAGUACAACUACAGGGUGGACCUCAAAAAGGUGGACACGCUCGGAAUAAGUGGCAAAGUCAAGAUUGAGGCCAUUGCAUUCGUUUCAAGCUCUACUUCAUCUCCGCCAGCAUCAGCUCUGCCGAGCAAAGACACACACGUGAAAGAGGUGUUUUGCGAGACAGGUGACCUGAGCCUUCCUUACAGAGCCAGUCUAGUCAAUGGAGUGGCCCCGGGACAAUCGAUCACUAUUAAAGGACAAGUCAGUGCUUAUCCACACAGCUUUAGCAUCAACCUGCGCUCUGGAGAGUCGAGCGACAUCGCUCUGCACCUGAACCCCCGCCUCAGGGCCAGCGUGUUCGUCAGGAACUCCUUCCUGCAAGAGUGCUGGGGGCCGGAGGAGAACAGCCUGCCCACUUUCCCCUUCUCGGCCGGAGAGUACUUUGAGAUGAUCAUCUUCUGCGAACCCCAGCAGUUCAAGGUGGCGGUGAAUGGGGUUCACCUGCUGGAUUACAAGCACAGGGUACAAGACCUGUCGCGGAUCGACCAGCUGGAGAUCAUGGGCGACCUGCAGCUGCUGGACGUGAAACUGGUGAAAUGAGCACGCUUCCCAGCGCUCAGCGGGGCUGGAUGUUGUCAACCGCACAAACUCACCUGAAACCUGAAACUGAACAAGCGUUGUUGUUUUGCUGCCAUCUGAAGAGUUCUUUUCCCCCUGAUCAUGUGAUUUGAGCAGUAUUUUUGUGAUUGUAAAAACUGUAUAUUAACAGAAAAGCUGUUAGCAAAAAAAAAAGGGUAUUAAGGAAGUUAAAAUCAGAUGUCUUGUAACUAAAGAAAAAAACUUUUUAGGCAAAUAGUAAAAUAUGCAUGUCAAUUCUCAUGAUGUUGCUGUGCUGCUCUUAAAAAGUUUCUGAGUUUCAAGGAAUGGUACGCCAAAUUAAAUGCCAAUCAUAUUAGCAUUUAAUAUAUCAUUUAAUUAAAAUAACAGAACAGUAGUACUGUGAUGUCUUCAGUUUUGCACAGGAUGGGAGGAUGAGAUCUUUUACAAUGCUUUGGCGUGGCCAGAGAAAGCGUUUUCAUUCAUGAAUUAGCACCAAGCCUAAUCACUGGUUACAACUCCUACAGGGGAAGCGGUUUUAAUUGGGUGGGAAGAGAAUGGCUCAAAUCAUUUGAAACUUAAGACGCAUUUAAAAUGUGACUCCACAUUUAAAACCAAUGUGAUUUCACUUAUAACUGGCCAGCGCCUUUUCCUGUGGCUGGAGAUAUGACUCGGAGUAAGGAAAGAGAGACCACUUUGUGAAUAUGAGGAAAAGAGUUACCUCAUCUAGAGUCCAAAACAAGAGAAGCAGAGUUUACAGACCCUGUGCCUAAAUGUUCUCGGAGCUCUGGAUUAAAAUUAUAGUAUGGAAACAGCCAUUCACUUCUGAAGGGGGCAAAGUUCCCUUUAAAAAGGUUUAGCAAAGGCUUGUAAAAUUUGACGUUUUGCUGGCCUUGUUGAUUAUUGUGGGUUUCUAAACAUAUUUUUAUACUGAAAAUUAGGUUUUUCGUGUUUAACUGACAUUCUUUUGGAAUAUGCAGGGCAUAUUGUAAUGAGGAUUUUCCUUUAUUCUGUAACUGGCAUGUUGUGAAGAUUCAUGUGACUACAUUAUGACCCUAAUAAAUUCAUACCUGACCUCG